GUAUAUAUCUUAAACAUUGCGGGUCAGAGAAUUAGUAGCUAACAUGGCUGCACCGAGGGGACCACCGGCCUCCAGCCCGCCCGGGUUUGAAGGUUUCCCGUUUGCAGUGACCGGCAAACCGUCGGAGGACAGCUCCGGUAAGGAGCAGGAGCAAACCGGGGGAAUGAAAAAGAAGCCAUGCAGGGCUUGUACGGACUUUAAAUCGUGGAUGAAGGUGCAGAAGAAGCAGACGACAACUGCGGCACAGGAAACCCGAGCUGAAGGGUCAGAGCCACAAGACCCACAGUGUCCACUGGACAGGGAAGAGUUGGGGCGCAACACCUGGUCAUUCCUGCACACCAUGGCAGCAUAUUACCCCGAUCAACCAUCUACCACCCAGCAGCAAGAGAUGGGGCAGUUCAUCAACCUUUUCUCCAAGUUUUUCCCUUGUGAUGAAUGUGCAGAAGACCUCAGGGGCAGAUUGAAAACCAAUCAGCCGGACACCAGCAGUCGCCAUGCUCUAUCUCAGUGGCUAUGUUAUCUCCAUAAUGACAUCAACGUCCGGCUGGGCAAAUCCAAGUUCGACUGCUCACGCGUGGAUGAGAGGUGGAAAGAUGGAUGGAAGGAUGGUUCCUGUGACUGAGAGCUCUUGUAUGAGUGCUGAGAGACAUGAGGACUGAGCUGAGACUCAAGAGGAAAAGUUCCUCCCUCCAGUGCAAAACCACAAUGUGGAGCUCAGGUCUCUGUUUUGGAGAAACUUGAAGAGAGAUGAAUGAUAGAUCUUAUAUUUUCUUGUUUUGUGGUUCGUUAAUAUAAAUGAUCUGGUAAUAAACUUAAGGAUACGAAGCAAAUAAGUAUUCCUAUCUGUUUCUCAAGUAAGGACCAAGACUCAUGGGAAAACCUGGUGUUAAUUCUGAUUAUUAUGGCGUUUUGUGUGACCUAGAAAUAAGUAGACUGAAACCUAAAUAUGCAGGAAUUCUUGUUUUCAAAAUCAAAGACCAAAGCUUGUGUUUUUUGCCAAUUUGACUUUUGGAUAAUCUUGCCAGUUGUGACCCUGAUUUGCUUGUUUAAGCAGGAAGUUAUUACAAUUGGAUUUAGCAAAUAAAAUCUUGGUUCUCUGGCCUGUUUUUAGAGUGUGUUUUAUCUGCUGAAGUCUUGUUUAACCCUUGAAAAACCAGUAUAACACAAUAUAUCCAGCCUUUAUCGUAUGAAAAA